AUGAUAGAAUUCCCACCGUUAAAAAAUGAUUUAAUUCUUCGUGCAGCUCGUGGAGAGAAAACAGAACGUGCACCAGUAUGGAUUAUGAGACAAGCAGGGAGAUAUUUACCAGAAUUUCGUAAAGAGAGAGAAAAACAUGAUUUUUUCACAAUUUGUCGAACGCCAAAAUUAGCGACACUAAUUACCUUACAACCAAUAAAUAGGUAUGAUGGAUUAUUAGACGCAGCAAUUAUUUUUUCCGAUAUAUUAGUUAUACCACAAGCAUUAGGAUUAAUAGUAGAAAUGGUACCAAACAAAGGACCACAUUUCCCUUCGCCACUUGAAACACCAGCGGAUAUUGAUACAAAAUUAAAUAAAAACGUGGAUGUAUAUAAAGAAUUAGGAUACGUAUUUGAUGCUCUUACAAUGACUAGACAAGCAUUGGAAGGAAGGGUUCCUUUAUUAGGAUUCAUUGGAGCACCAUGGACCUUAAUGGCUUACAUGAUUGAGGGAGGUGGAAGUAACAAUUUUUCAAAAGCUAAAACUUGGUUAUUCAAGUACCCUGAGGAGAGUAAGAGAUUAUUGCAGAUUAUCACUGAUGUUGCAGUGGAUUUUCUUAUUGGGCAAAUUAAAGCAGGAGCUCAGAUGGUACAGGUAUUUGAAUCAUGGGGAGGUGAAUUGUCACCCCAUGAUUUUAAGACAUUCUCAUUACCUUAUAUCUCGCAGAUCGCUGAUAGAGUUAAAAACAAAUUCAAGGAUGACGGAUUAAUCCCUGUACCCAUGACAAUAUUCUGUAAAGGUUCAUGGUAUGCAUUAGAAUCAUUAUCGGAUAUCGGAUAUGAUACUAUUUCAUUAGAUUGGACUAUUGAUCCAGCAUACGCUAAAAGUGUCACGAAGGGGAAAGUAACUUUACAAGGAAAUAUGGAUCCUUGUAUGUUGUAUGGUGGUGAUGAAGCUAUCCGCUCAACUGUCAAAACAAUGUUGGAAGCUUUUGGUACACAUGAAAAGUAUAUUGUUAAUCUUGGCCAUGGGAUUUUACCAACAGUUGAUCCAGAAGCUACAAGAGUUUUCUUGGAAACUGUUCACAGUGUCGGUUUAGAUUUAAACAAAAAUAGAUAA